AAUACCGUACGAUGUCUAGGACCAAGAAGACACACUUGUUCCAUUCUAGUUGGCCAUGGAAGUUUAAGCAAUUUAAAAACCAGGUGUCUUUGUAACACUUUGUCUCAAACUAGAGGGAAGAUGGUCGCUUUCUAUAAUAAAGAACUUGGGCAAAUUAGUCUGGAUUCAAAGAUUUCUUCGAUCGUGCUAGUAACUCUGAUUUGAAGGGUAUAUAUAGAGCUAAGACAUUGAGGACUCUUUGCCAUACAAAUUGGGAACAGCCUGCAAAAUUAUUGAGAUCGAGUGAAAUAUUUGCUUGGAAGAUGAGGUGGGGAAUUCCAGAACAAGGGUGGACCAAAGGUCCUUGGACUCCUGCAGAGGAUAAACUGCUUAGUGACUAUAUCAACUUGUAUGGGGAGGGACGAUGGAGCAGUGUGGCCAAGUGUACAGGUUUGAAUAGGAAUGGCAAGAGCUGCAGGCUAAGGUGGGUGAAUUAUCUCAAGCCUGGGCUCAAAAGAGGCCAAUUAACACCCAUAGAGGCUGGCAUUGUUAUUGAAUUGCAUGCUCUCUGGGGUAACAGGUGGUCAACCAUUGCAAGCUACCUGCCUGGGAGAACAGACAAUGAGAUAAAAAACUACCUGAGAACCCGUUUCAAGAAGAAAGACAAAUCCCCUGAGAAGAAAGAAAAGGGUACCAAAGCAAAAAUCCCAAAACAAAAGCAACCACCACAGAUGCAGGAGCAGUUGCCACAAGAGAAUGACAUGAAAAGGGCGGUAUCUUGUGGAAAGAGUACUCCAAGUGAUCAUCAUGAGCAGAUUACAACCGAAGCACAGGGAGGAAAAGAGAUGUUUUUCAUGCACCACCCCACUAAUUUGGAGGAUCAAUGCUUGCCUGUGACAUGUCAGGAUGUGGCAUCAUGGUUGGAUACAAUCAGAGAGGAAGACUUAUGUGGUGGCCUGUGGAACCUAGACAAUCAUUCCAAGGGCGGCAUGGAUGAUCAUCAAGCUACUGCAGCAGGUUUUUCUUGUGGCCGUGUGAAUUCGAUCGAUUACUUCUAUAAUGAAGACUACAUUUUCCUGGAAGGCUGAUGCAUCUAACACAUGAUGCAGUUUUUCUGAACACUCUUUUAAGUUCUUAUUUCAUGUUAACUUAUAAGAAGGGAGGCUUUACCAAAACUUAGUGUGCAACUGGGUUGAUUCCAUUUCAAAUUAAAUAGCCAUUUUUUUUCCAGAA